UUGUGCAAGUCAGGUGCGAAGGAAAUUUGUGUAAGUGGAUGGAUUGAUACGUUCAUAGGUAUCGUCAUGGCUCCGUUCGUAUGGAGUUCUAGAGGGAAUGUCAACCGGUUUUUAACUGAUGUUCAAAUAUUACAAUGCCUUAUCGUGUUAGUCGGACUUUUUAAUUUGUCUCUAUGUCUUUACGAGGACCAAAUUGGAAAAUUUGACUGGAAACAGAAUUAUGUCGGCAAAAUUAAAUUCGCCAGCUUUGACACUGUCUCGACCGCGAAAAAGAUUAUAGUCGCUACCGAGGAAAACGUUAUUGCUGCGUUAAAUCUUAAAUCAGGACAAAUAUUAUGGAGGCGUGUAUUAGAGAAAGGAUCUGCAGGCCAUAUUCAUGCAUUAGGCGGAGUUGCGGAUGGAGAUCUUGUUUCUGUAAGCGGAGGUGUACCAGCUAUCGUUCGCGCGUGGGAUUUAGCCACCGGACAUAUUCUCCACGAAUGGCCAAUAGCAGAGCAAAAUCCAGAUAGGAUCAAAGAUGUAAAGUGGCAUAUAAAAGAUGGUACAUUACAUCAUAUUUUACCAAUCUAUAGUAGUGGUGUUGAAGUAACGUCUUACGACAGUAAAACAGGAGAUAAAUUAAAAACAAGAAGAGUCUCCGCACCAUUUAUAACACAAGAAACAGAUUGUGUUUUAGCAGCGCCGUAUUUAGCAUGUUUAAAAGGGGACAGUUCAUUGGCUAUACCGUUCCUGAUACACUUGUUUGAUGCAAAUGCUCAACCACAAUCGGUUACAAUAAAUACAAUAUUUGGUGCUGGUACACAAGGUCCGUAUCACUUGGAGUCUGUACUUGGCGAAGAAUCUGUUGUAUCGAUUAGUGCAGACGGUAAUCAGAGAAAACGAAUUCUUGUUGUUGGAGAGAUACCUAUUCCUAUUCAAAGAGAUAUAGCUGGUGAUGCUAUGCUCUAUAUUGUCUCAAUUGAUAAUGAAAAGGUGCUUCUAGAAACGACGUAUAAAUCUGGAACGACUGAAAUUGUAGCUACAGAACUCUUAACAUCAAAUCCGUUGCCACAUUUAUCGAUCAGUAUAACGCACGCCUCUUUAUUGUCGCCGGCGAUCGUGGCUUCCGUUUGUCCACGGCAAGCAAAAGGUGUAACGUGUCGUCAUUUAUUAUCUUCGCAAGACCAUAGUGUUGCAUUGCUACAACACAAUAAAUUAAUAUGGGCUAGGGAAGAGGCACUCGCCAGUAUUGUAGCUGUGGAAAUUAUAGAAUUACCUAUGUCAGAUAGAGAUCAAGCAAUUGAAACAGAAUUCGAUCAGAAAGAGAGUAUUGAUGUAGACAGUUCAUGGGAUGUGCUGAGUAUGAUGUUUAGAAGAGUGAGUUCUCAAUUUAAACAAGCAAAGGCGUUUGCCCAAUCUGUGUUAAGUCUUACGCCUCAACAGUCUAAUCAACGUACUGAUUUAGUACGAGAUAAAUUCGGAUUGCAUAAAAUGAUUGUUCUCGUUACAUCAGCGGGAAAAUUAUAUGGCAUUGAAACUAGAAAAGGUGAAAUUAUUUGGCAACUCAGAGUGCCCAGCAUUCAAGGUUUUACUAAAAAAUCGAAUGCAAUAGUUUUGUACGUGCAACGGGGCAGCAGACAUUUUCCUUAUCCUCCUCAAUGUACACUACUAGCAGAAGAUAAAAAAACAGGCGGAGUAAUAUAUACAUUUAAUCCAAUUACUGGUCAACCAUUGGAUGGUUUAAUAAAAUUAGGGUAUAAGGUGAAGCAAUCCAUGUUGCUUCACGUCACGACAGAUGAUUUCUUACGAAGUAUUCUUAUUCUCGAUACUCGGGACAAAGUGCACGUAUAUCCCGAAGGUGCAACAGCGAUUGCUGCAUCGCUUGGUAAAAAUACGUAUAUAUUCACCGCUGAUCAAACGACUGGUGUAUUGUCUGGAUUUUCUCUUUCAUACAGCACAACUCAAGAACUUAUCGCUAACAAAGUAUGGGAGUUACUGCUUUCGCCGAAAAAUCAAAGAAUAACGCACGUUGUAUCGAAAAACCCAAUAGAACGUGUUCAUUCCCAGGGUAGAGUCCUAAGCGAUAGAUCAGUUCUGUAUAAAUACAUUAAUCCCAACUUGGUCGCUAUAGUAACAGAGGGUGUUGGAUACACACAUAAAAAUACGCUUAAUCUGUAUCUGUUGGACGCCGUAUCUGGAGCAAUGAUAUUUUCCAUUAUACAUAAAAGAGUACGAGGUCCGGUGCAUGUUGUACAUUCAGAAAAUUGGAUAGUGUACAGUUACUUUAAUGAAAAGAGUCGUAGAACAGAAAUUGCUAGUUUAGAACUUUACGAAGGAAAAAUACAAAGUAAUACCACAGUGUUCUCGUCCUUAGCUACGACUAAAUUGCCAAUUGUAGAAAGGCAAGCCUUUAUUUUCCCGGCAGCAAUUGAAUUUAUGAGGGAGACUAUUACAGAGAAGGGUAUUACGAGCAAACAUAUUAUAGUGGCCCUUGCCAAUGGUGGAGUAUUGGAAUUACCGUGGAUGUUGGUAGAUCCACGACGGCCUAUUAAUCCAGAAGUACGCGAAGAAGGUGUAAUUCCAUACAUGCCAGAGAUACCUAUUCACAUGGACACAAUAAUUAAUUAUAAUCAAAGCGUCUUUAGGGUGUCCAACAUUCAUACUAGUCCUAGUGGCCUUGAAAGUACAUGCUUAGUUUUUGUACACGGUCUUGACUUGUUCUACACGCGAGUGACGCCAUCUAAAACAUUUGACGUUUUAAAAGAAGAUUUCAAUUAUUGUCUCAUUAUGAUAGUAUUAGCAGCGCUUGUAAUUUCAUCGUACGUCACAAAGAAAUUAGCAUCCCAGAAAGCUCAGAAGCAAGCAUGGAAGUGAUGUUUCCUUUCUUUAGAGAAUCAGUGCGUAACUUUCUUAAGUAUCUGUUCACUAAAGGUAAAACAUUUUGCUAAUAAUAAUUUGUAAAAAAAAAAGAACUACUGUUUUAUAACAAGCCAAUGUUAUUGCAAAGUAAAUAUUAACGACUUAUUAUAUUACCUGAAGUAUCGUAAUAUACAUGUAUGUAUAUUAUUUAUCCUUUUAUUGGUACAGAGCGCACACGCUAGAUUACAUAUUUCUGAAUCUUUUAAGACAAAGUGUGCUAGUCAUAUGACAUGAGUGGACCAUAAUUGCUAAAUAUUAGAUUAUUAAAGUAACUGACAACAUGCUCAAAAUAUGAAUACUUUCCCAUUUAAACUAUGUGCAUAAUUCCUUUUAUACAUGUACAGACGUAUUCAACGAAAUGAUUCCAAAUUAUCAAAUACAAAACAAAAGUGAAACAUAAAUAAUAUUUAAGACGUUAAAACUUUUAAUUUACUUUGAUGUCGCAUUUGACAUACAAACUGUAGAGAAACUUAAAUGUAUACCAAAUAUGAUUUUUAAUGUUUCUUUUUUUUUUUUUUAUUAUUAUUGUCUGUCUUAAAAGUGGCACUCAUUUGGCAGUUUAAUAUCAACAAAUAAUAUAACUUACAUAUGUUUUGUCGUACUAAAGUUAUUAAAGAUUUUUAGAGUAAAAUCAACAAACAUGUUAUUUCAACGACUGUAUUUUAUAAUCCCUUCUUCUUUGAAAAGAUCAAAUUUUAUAACAUUAUCGCAUAAAUGUGUAAUAAACAGUUCGCGUAUAGAUAUGCUGCAAAAUUGUUUUUAAAGAAACAGAAAUAGGAAACGUAAAGAUAGAAUAUAUGUAAAUUUCAUUUAUUUCUUAUAUACAUAUUAAUUUAUUGCCAACUGUAAAACUAGUGACAUAUGAUAGAAGCAAAUUUUAAAGCAAACUCCUAUCGAGCAAUCUUAUAUUUUUCAGAGACACUGUUCAUAACUGCAUUUACUGAAGAAACAGCUAAAAAACAUAUUAUAAAAAUGCAGAAAUUAUAAAUUAUAGAUUUCAAAUUCUCCGCAUUUAUAAGCAUUUUUCUUUCACUUUUUCAAAUGAAAUUUAUGACAUUAUUAUUUAACUGUCGUUAAUAAAAUAUCCUACAAAUGCUGUCAUUGUAAUUUUUCUAUUUAAAAACUUGAAAAAGACAUGAAUAACUAGUUUUAAAAUGUUAUUAAUAUUUAUAAUUGUGUUACGAUCAAAAAGAGAACAUUAAAUUACUGUAGUAUAUCAGUAUGUGGAAACUGUAUGAAGCAAAGUGUGUCACAGUACAAACGGAUGAUUUUAUUUAUUAUAUAUUUAUAAUUAAAUAAAGAUUAAACGAGUUAUGUCAUGUGUGAAUAGGACACAUAGGAACAUUCUGUUGUAUAGGAUAAUUAUUUGCUUUGUAGAUAAAUGUAAAGUUUUAAAUAGACAUAAGUUAUUGUACAAAUAAGAAUGUAAACAAUAAUAUCACGAAAA